AUGGAUCUUGCGCCAUGGGUGCUCUUUCUAUUCUUCACCUUCUUCUCGAAUCUCUGCGUCGCCUCUCCUUCUUCUAUGAGCCGUUACGUUAUUCAAGUGGAAGAUCCGGUUGAGCCGCUGACGAAAGGGAGCCUGAGGAGGUGGCACGAAUCUUUCCUGCCGCCAUCCGUCAAGGCGUCUGGCGUCGAUCGGCGGCUGCUACACUCCUAUAGCGACGUCUUCAACGGGUUCGCCGCCAUGCUGACAGAGGAAGAGCUGCAGGCGAUGGGGAAGAAGAAUGGCUUCAUACGUGCGUUCCCCGACCGAGUGCUGCGCUUAAUGACCACCCACACUCCGGAUUUCCUCGGGCUCAAGGUCGGGAGCAAGGGGCUGUGGAAUGAUUCGAAGCUCGGGAGAGGAGUCAUCAUCGGAGUUCUCGACAGCGGCGUGACGCCUGGCCACCCUUCCUAUGAUGAUGAGGGUGUCCCGCCUCCGCCCUCGACGUGGAAGGGCUCGUGCGAGCUCGAGACCGGUUGCAACAACAAGCUCAUCGGAGCCAGGUCAAUGAUCGCUGGUGGGAGUCCUCCCAUAGACGAGGUUGGCCAUGGGACCCACACUUCCGCCACCGCCGCUGGUAACUUCGUCCAAAAUGCGAGCUUCUUCGGCUUCGCCAAAGGCACGGCCGCUGGAAUUGCCCCUCGGGCUCACCUCGCCAUCUACCAGGUCUGCGGCAGCGACGGCAGUUGCAAUUCCGCCGAUAUCCUUGCCGGGUUGGAUGCAGCUAUCAAGGAUGGAGUCGACAUCCUCUCUCUCUCGCUCGGCGGCCGUUCCAAGCCUCUCGAUCAAGAUCUCGUCGCCAUCGGUUCGUUCGCGGCGGCCAGGAAGGGCAUCUUCGUCAGUUGCGCUGGCGGCAAUGAUGGACCUAACUACUACACCGUCACCAACGCGGCACCGUGGAUGCUCACCGUGGCGGCCAGUAGCGUCGAUAGAAGUUUCAGGGCCUCCGUGAAGCUCCCUAGUGGAAAGGUGAUCCCCGGAGAGUCUCUCGACCAACCGAGCGACUUCCCUGAAAGCUCUCUUCCCUUGUACUACUCCACCGAAUCGCCGUCCUGCGACAUGGAUCCUCCCGAUGAUAGCCACAGGGGCAGCGUCUGGGUAUGCGAGGUUGAACGCGGUAGUCUUGUACGUGUGGCGGCAUUUGCUAAGUCCCACGGCGCCAGGGCGUUGAUCUCCAUUUCCUCGAAGAUAGAGGGCGCCACCAUCUCGAUUAGGAAGAUGGACUUUCCCGGAGUAGUGCUCACCAUCCAAGAAGGAUCCGACCUCAUAUCGUAUUUGAACUCUGUUUCCAACCCCUCCGCAUCUAUCGUUUUCGAUGGGACAGUUCUCGGCGUAUCCCCCGCCCCCGUCGUGGCUUUCUUCUCCUCCCGGGGGCCGUCUCAAGCAACGCCGGGAAUUCUCAAGCCAGACAUCUCCGGCCCUGGCCUUAACAUCUUCGCGGCCUAUAUUCAUUCCAGUGACACUCCAGACCAGUACAAGAUCAUAUCCGGCACGUCCAUGGCGACGCCUCACCUCAGCGGUGUUGCUGCGCUCUUAAAGGCCGUACAUCCUACUUGGUCGCCGGCAGUUGUCAGGUCGGCGAUCAUCACCACGGCAGACGCCGACGUCUCUGACGAGUUACUUGAGCCGGCACUUAAUUUUGCCAAGGGCGCAGGACACGUCAAUCCUAACAAAGCUGCCGAUCCCGGUCUUAUUUACGACAUCACUGAUGAUGGCUACAUCUCCUACAUCUGUGGUAAAUUCGGCGAAGAAGGCGCUAGAAAUAUAGUGCGCGGAGUCGUGGACUGCUCGAAGAGCAUGACGGAAGAGGAACUCAACUACCCGUCGAUUCUGCUGGCCCCCAAAGGCAGGGCGGAGGCCAAAGUGACCCGGACGGUCACGAAUGUCGGAUCAGCAAGAUCGAGCUACACGGUGUCGGUGACCAUAUCGGAGACUGCUGUGUCAGCUACUGUCACCCCCAAGACAUUGACGUUCACCGAGCUGAACGAGCAGAAGUCGUUCACCGUGAGCGCGGAAUGGGGCGCCGGCGGACCUCCCACUUCUGGCAAUCAAUUCGUGGAGGGAAAGUUGACUUGGACCUCGGAUGAUGAUAAAUAUGUGGUGACCAGUCCAUUAGUUGUCUCUGCCUUAGGAGUGAUGUAG